CACAUUCAAAUGAGGAAUUGAACUUUUUGAACCCACCCAAGCAUAACCAUGCUUUGAGUCGACAAACUGCGAGUUCACUUUUCAGUUCAGAUACGAACCUAACGAUGGGAAGUUGUGCAUUUGUCAAGUCAGGCUUAAUGCUGAAUUGGUUCAUGCUCCUCUGUUCCCAAGGGACGGCUUGGGCUCAUUUUCAAAAGCAUGCAAGUCGGAACGUGGACAUGGGCGGCGUUCAGGCGCAAUUUCCGCCACAAGGUAAUAUCUUGGAAGUAGCUCAAGGUGGCUCUGGUCUUGGCACGUUAGUUUUCGCCAUCCAAACCGCCGAGUUAAUGGACACGCUCAAAGAAGGUGGGCCUUACACCAUUUUUGCUCCCAAUGAUCAAGCUUUUGCUAAGAUUGAUCCCCAAGGGUUACAAGAAUUGUUGCAAGAUCGAGAGGCCCUGACCGAUACCUUGCUCCGACACGUGGUGGACGGAAGUCGAAUAUUGGCCAGUAAUAUCAAUCUGGGAUCCAGCUUGCUCAACACUCUGGGUGGCGAGUUCGUGUCUGUCAUGAACAUGGAUGGGAACGUGACCCUAACCUCAAGCGUGGGCGGGGCCAGGGUCAUUCGCACUGAUAUCGAGGCUGACAAUGGAGUUAUUCACAUCAUCGACGGAGUUCUCUAAAAUAAGGAUGGAUGGAUGGAUGGCUGGAGCAGAGCCCUAGAUAAAUCUUCAUUCCAAUGAUGCAACUUGAUUAUCCAGUUUUGGGUUGGGAUCAAUGAAUUUCAGCUGACUUUUUUUCAAUAACUGGCAUCCUUUCUUUUUCCAGUAUUGAGACCGAAUCUUUUUUUGUACUGAAAGUGCUUGUUAUGAAAUAGUUGCAAAUAAAAUGGUCUAGUUGUAAA